AUGGAUCAGACUUUGAGGGACGCUUCUGAACAAGGAAACGUUGACGGCUUGUACUCGUCGAUUGCAAGGGACCCGAAAGUUUUGGACAAUAUCGAUGAGAUUCCGUUUGUUGACACCCCAUUACACGUGGCUGCAGCUGCUGGACAGACCCAGUUUGCGAUGGAGAUGAUGAUGUUAAAGCCAUCAUUUGCUAGGAAGCUUAACCCAAAUGGCUUCACGCUACUUAAAAAUCAUAAGGACCUUGUCUGCGCGCAAGGAAGGGGUGGUAUGAAUCCUUUACAUUAUGCAGCUCAAACAGGAAACCUCAAUCUAUUGGCUAAAAUUUUAAGAGUCUGCCCCAAGUCGAUUCAAGUUGUGACAAAUCAAAGUGAGACUGCUCUGCAUGUUGCAGUGAAAAACGACAUGUUAGUUGCUUUUCAGCUCCUGUUUGGAUGGCUUCAGCGAACCUGGUUUAAAAAUGCGGAAUACUGGCAGAGGUGGACGCUGACUUGGAGGGAUGUGGAUGGUAACACUGUGCUGCACAUUGCAGCAUCCAAAAAUCAACUCCAGGCAAGUUCUUUCUACUGUGUUUUCUAG